AUGGGCCGUCAACCACAUUUUUUAACACCAUAUGUUGUAGUUUUGCACGCAGCAAAAAAGAAAUAUAGUUCACAACAAAUAGCAAAACUUCUUGAUGACGCAGCAAAAGAUGGUGCGAAGAGUAAACCAUUUAAAAAAAGAUGUCAUACAGAAUCAUCUGAUGAUGGAUUAUCUGAUGAUGAUGACAAUGAUAAUCCAAUACUUGAAGAAGAAACAUCAAAUUUGGAUGAGAUUACACUGGAUAAUUAUAUAUUUUGUCCAUUAACAAUUAUUCAAGAACAGAAACUUGAACAACUUUUAUUGGAUUUUAUUGAAAUCAAAAUCUGCAUUAAAAGUGUUGCACUUCCAGUAAAUGAAAAUGAAGAUCCAAAUGCAUCAGAUGAUCUGAAUGUGUCAGAUGAUGAAUCAUCAAGUGAAUUUAUUGAAACAGAUGCUAAUGUUCAAACUGAAAGUAAUUGGAGAAGUGUAGUGUCAAGAUGGAUUAAUAUGUUGGAAGAUAAAUCAAAUGAAGAAUAUGAUAAUGAUAAUGAAAGUGAUAGUAAUGAUGAUGAUGAAGAACUUGAAAUUAAUGUUACAAAUAUAUCAAAUUUGCCUCAUCCUGCUAGAGAUCAAAAUUCUAAAUGGAAACUUCAAGAUAUUUUUAUUGAAAGUUUAGGAGAACCCAAUUAUUUGUCAGCUUUUAUUUUAGGUAACAAUUAA